AUGCAUUGGAAAGGCCUUCGGCUCGUUGCCGAUGGCCCUAAACGCCAGGGUCCUGUCGAACCCCAACCCCACGGUCGUCGCAGCGAGCACCUCCCUCGUCCCUCUCCGCCCGAGACUGAAAGGAGGCUUUCGGAGUCCCCGGAUCGCAGUACAGGACUCCCCGAAGCUGAUGGCUCCAUUCACUCGAGCUCGAGACUCGAAUUGCCAGAGACAGGGGAGGAGGACCACAGGGACGAACCACAAAGUGGCGCAAGCUCAUCGCAUGGCAACACAUCGAGUAUGCGGAGAUAUCGAUUCAGUUUUAUGAGGUUCCGACACGCUUCAGAUCCUCAGCUAUCCAAGAGCUAUGCUCAGGCUGAACAGGAUGCCCCGCCGGUACCAGCUCUUCCCCCGCCCACCAUAAUUACGACCGCUCCCACCAGCCACGAUCUUGAGCAGUAUCCACAGCAAAGCAUGUUUACCCUUGGAGGUUCCUCGCGCAAGGGUUCAAUAGACGAGGUAUCGCGAGGAUCGACCGAGCGACCUCGGACAAGCCAUAAGCCUCAACGCACCAAUCAAGGAUCCACAGAUUCCCAGGCAGACUCUAGCCUCUCAGGCUUUCAGGGCAGCAUGGAUGAACAAGUCCGCCUGUCCACCAUAUCCCUACGGAGUGGUGGUCGCGAACCCCAGAACGACUCGGCGCGGACCUCACUAACUGACCCUCGAUUCUCUGAAUCGUCUCGGUCCGAUCAGAGCAAUGGAGACCACGCCACUUUCCGGACCAAUUCACCCCGUGAUGGCUUUGGGUCAACUUCCUCUACCAGACGCUUCCGUCUCCCACGACUAGGGCGCAACCGCAGCUCGUUGUUCCCCCUACCACCGAAGCCGACGCCGAUGAGCCAAUCGCCAGAUAACAUACCCAAAUUUCUUCCGCCCGAGCCUUCUAAAUCAGAUGGUUCAGGUGAUCAUGAUCAAGUCUCGCCUCUUCCAUCGCCCACCCGCUCGUCGGUUGUCCUGGCUGCACACCCUCCUCUCUCACGCAACGAUUCAACAAACUCCGCACGAUCCCUUCGAUCAAACCCCUCCCACAAUGUCCGGAGUAGAUCUUCCACCAUGGGAUCAGUCGCCGAGACUCAGGAAGAUCCAUCCCCGUCGCCGUACAUGGCAUCCGGCCGGACCUCCACAUCAACUACUGGUCGCAAGAGCUUUGGAGAUUUGUUCAAUAUUACGCAACGAUUAAGGCAAAACUCAGAGCCCCCGAUGCUUCGCAGUGGCUCGCCUGCCCUUGGAGGAGCUUCAACACCUAUGUCUAUCAAGCCAGAUUUGCCUCCUGUUCCAGCACGAGAAGAAGACGACACGCCAGCUACUUAUUUGACGAAAUUGGAAGAGGGCUUGCCUAGAGGCAUGAUCGGAAGUGUUCUUUCCCAGUCAGAUGAUGAGUUCUUCAAGGUUUCACUGCGAAAAUACAUGAGAUCGUUCUCAUUCUUUGGAGACCCAAUGGAUAUGGCUAUCAGGAAGCUCUUGAUGGAGGUUGAUUUGCCCAAGGAAACCCAGCAGAUUGACCGUUUCCUCCAGGCCUUCGCUGAUAGAUAUCAUGAAUGCAACCCGGGGAUCUUCGCAAAUACCGACCAAGCAUAUUUUAUUGCUUUCUCGAUUUUGAUCCUGCAUACCGACGUCUUCAACAAAAACAACAAACGAAAGAUGCAAAAACCCGAUUACGUCAAGAAUACGAGAGGCGAGGGGAUUGCAGACGACAUACUCGAAUGCUUUUACGAAAACGUCUCAUACACACCUUUUAUCCACGUCGAAGAUGCAAAUAUACGUGACCGGCAUCUAGCCAAGCCAAAACGAGCCCUUUUCAAGAGCACUAGCUCCGAACAUCUGGCCAGGGCUACGCGAGAGCCGGUAGAUCCUUACGCACUGAUCAUGGAUGGAAAGCUUGAGUCACUGCGCCCAAGUCUCAGGGAAGUCAUGGAUCUGGAUGACAUGUACAACCAUAAUGGAACAGCGGGUCCGCCCGAUAUGGAAGACCUACACCAAGCCUUCACCAAAUCUGGGAUCUUGCAGAUUGUAUCUGCCCGCUCUCGACCUGACGCAUUCAUGCAGGCAAGCCUUGACAACCCAGCAGAUUCCAAUCCGGGCUUGGUCGACAUCAAGGUAGCCAAGGUCGGCUUGCUUUGGAGAAAGGACCCAAAGAAGAAAAGGGCGCGUUCUUCUUGGGCCGAAUGGGGGGCACUCCUAACCUUUUCCCAGCUUUACUUCUUCCGCAAUGUAAACUGGGUACGAUCUCUGAUGGCACAGUAUGAUGCUUAUGUGAAGAAUGGUCGUAAGAAUACACUGGUGUUCCAUCCUCCUCUGACUGAGUUCAAGCCUGAUGCCAUCAUGUCUACCAAUGAUGCCGUUACGUUGUUGGAUACUAGUUACAAAAAGCACAAGUAUGCUUUCCAAUACGUACGACCUAAUGCCUUGGAAGAAGUCUUUCUUGCCACAUCCGAGGCGGAGAUGAACGACUGGAUUGCCAAACUUAACUAUGCCGCUGCUUUUAGGACAACAGGCGUCCGCACGAAGGGUAUGAUUGCCACGAACUACGAGGGGCAGCGAUAUCGCUCAAGCCAGCAACGGGUCGACUCCUCCUCUUCCUUGAGCUCCCAUCAAUCGCAUGAUCGAGAGCCCCCAACACCGACCAUCGAUCGCGAUAUUGUCGCUGAAUUUGUUGCUGCAAGACGCGAGCUGAUGAGCCAGAGGAUCCGGGAAGCAAAUGAGAAGUUGUUCGUGAGCCAGAGACAGCUUGAAGAUCUGCUUCGAAAUGCACGACAUCUUCAAGUACUGACACCCGUGCAUCCCCGAACGCGCGAGAGCGUCAUUAUGGCAGCGGGCCGUUUGGCUGCGAAGCUGAAAUGGGUCCGUCAAGAUAUAUGGCGACACAAGUGCUACCGCGAAGUCCUUUUGCGGGACCUGGAUGGAAAUGAGAGCUUCAUUGAAGGCGGCGCCCGCUCAGUUGACGAGCAGACAAUCUCCUCACCGCAAGUACCCCUGCCUCCUGCCUCCGGUCCAACAAUCGUAUCUGAGCCUAGCGUGGAUCGAGCGCCCAGCAUUGUGCGCACCGCCUCUAGUCAUGAUACGGCUGAGCGGGUUCCGCCAGCUGCUGAACGAGCGGAACCCGGGUUGCUGAAGCAGCCAUCGACAGAGGAGAUGCGCCGUCCAAGCAUACCGAGCUCUACCGCAUCGUCUGAGCCCGUUCGUGUGGGCCGACCCGUUUCUAUCGCGCAGAUUUCCGAACGGAGUAAAUCUGAUAUUCGAUUGGAACGUGAAGCCUCUGUCCUCAGCCGUGGGAGCAAGUUCGAAACUACUAGCCUUGGCUCUCGCGCGUCUAAGCUCACAUCCCCUGUGAGCUAUGAUGAUAGUGAGGAACGGCUACUUAGAGAGACCGGUCUUCUGGACCUGGGUGGCUCCCCUCCUCCACGUAAGCCCUCCAUUGCUGCGCACGAGUCAGAUGUUGAAAGCAAGCGGGAUGACACAUCCGAGGCUUCCCAAGUAGAAAAACCAAAUCGAGGUGCACGUCGCAGUUUGCAGCGUUCCCUUCGUUCAGCUGAAAACCAUAUUUCGAGACACCACUCGCAUGCCACUCAUCGAAGGAACAAGGGCUCCGUAUCCAGUGGCGGGCCUUUGGAUGGUGAUGAUAGUAUACCGCAUGUCGGAGAGGGGCUGUCCCGUAAAUCCAAGAGCUUCACUGUACAUGGCAAGAAGGCCUCGAUUGUUACCUUCGGAUCCGAUUGGGCCAAUAUUCCACCCGAGGAGCGUCUCAAACUCCGGAAACCUACUCCUCACGAUGAGCCCAGGACCUCUGAGACCGCCAUUGAUAGCGGAGAUUCAUUGAUCUUGGACAACAUACCACUUGAACGCACUCGCUCCCCCCGAACCGCAAGCACCACAACCAGGCUCAGCAUGCGGAGUGACGAGGGGCUCACAGCAGAUGCCUUUAAGGACGCACACGAAAUCCUACAUGGUGAUUCCUCGACACCCGCCGCAGAUGAUCCAACCAGUCCUGUAGAUGGCCCAGGCCCAGCUACGAUCGAAGCAGACAGUUUCCCCGCGUCAUUCUCAGGAUCUGCGAUAUUUGGUGGUCCUCUUAUAGCACCUAGUGACGAUGAACCCAUCUCUCCAUCAACAACAUCUCUCGGCGAAAGAGCCGUCGAAACGCCCUCAUCAGAGAACCUGCGGCAGCAAGCCGUUGGGGCCUGA